AUGCCAUACCCGAACGCCGGCAUUUGUUUUAAAUAUGUACCGAACAAGUGGUACAAUGCGUGCGCCCGUCGACAAUUGAGGACGAAAAAUGGCCGUGCCGAAACUUGCGGCGGCCGUAAGACUUACGAUUUUGCGACCUGGUGCCGCCACGAGAAGCCCUGCGAAAACCCCUUGCCUGCUUUCAAGUUAGACAGCCAGAAACCGGAGGAACAGGACACGUUGGGACCCUGGAAGCUGCCCACGAGAUGCAGGUACGCAGAAUGGAGUCAGGACCGACUGGAAGUGACGACCUCUCUCCACAACUCACCGGUCCUAAGACGGUAG